AUGAGAGGUGCGGCAAUCUUGAUGUGCGCUGCAGCGACAAGUCUGCUGGCUGGCGUUCAAGGCAUGUACUCGGGUGAGGACAGUGUCAAGGUGCUGGACCCUAAGAGCUUUCGUGAGCAGGUGCAGCAGGACUCGGGCGUGUGGGUCGUGGAGUUUUACGCGCCGUGGUGUGGCCACUGCAAGGAGCUGGAGCCCGAGUACAAGAAGGCGGCCAUGGCACUGGAGGGUUUCGUGAAUUUGGCGGCUAUUGACUGCCAGGAGCAUGAAGAAUUUGUGCAGGAGUUUGCAGUGCGCGGUUUCCCCACGAUCAUGAUCUUUGGAGCGGACAAGACGAAGCCCAUGACAUUCGAGGGCACGCGCACUGCCAAGGAUAUUGUGGAUGCUGCACUGGUGGCGUCGCGUAGACUUGUCAAAGCGCGUUUGUCGGACAGCACGGAGAAAAAGAAGAAAAAGUCGAAAAGGACGUCGCCUAGUGAAAAGAGCAGUGUCAUCACCCUCACGGAUGAGAACUUCGACGACAUGGUGUUGGAAAGUGGAGAUGUCUGGAUGGUAGAGUUCUACGCGCCGUGGUGUGGACACUGCAAGGCUCUUGCCCCGGAGUGGGAGCAGGCUGCAUCGGACCUUAAGGGAUUUGUGAAGUUUGCUGCUCUUGAUGGAACGGCGAAUGAAGUGAAAACUAAUGAGUAUGGCAUCGAAGGAUUCCCUACGAUCAAGGUGUUUGGACCGAAUGCUAAGGGUCCUGCUGACGCUGAAGACUAUAAAGGAGAGCGUGCAGCUUCUCCAAUUACGGAGUUUGCCCUCGCGUCGCUGGAUGUCAUGGGUGGCGGGCUUCAGAUCAAGGAGCUUACAUCUGCUGACGCUGUAAACGACUUUUGCGAGGGCAAGUCGAGCUGCGUCAUUAGCGUGCUUCCGCACAUUACCGAAGGCGGCAAGAGUGCGCGCGACAACUACAUUAAAACGCUCGAGGAGGCCGCAAAGCUUGUGCGCGGUAAGCCGUUCAAGUUUGGAUGGAUGCAGGGUGGCGACCAACCUGACUUUGAGAACCGUUUCGAGCUGACGUUUGGAUAUCCGUCGCUAGUGGCUAUCAACCUCGACCGAAAGCGAUACGUUGUCCAGCGCGGCGCUUUUACUGCGGAAGCUAUCAGUGAGUUUUUGCAGGAUAUUAUACAGGGCCGCGAGUCGACAGUGGGCUUCGAUGAGCUGCCUGAGAUCAAGACUGUUAAUCCAUGGGACGGCAAAGACGUGCCGCUCGAUGAGAUCGAAGAGGAUGACGAGGACGACGAUAUCAUGAAUGAAAUUCUAGGAAACGCCGCUGCGAAAGAGGAGCUCUAA